GAGGCUUGCUUCGACAGCUCCACUCGGUGGAGAGGAUUGACCCCCACACACGCAGCCUCUCCCCUCAGGUGAGGGCCAAGUGACCCCCUGGACAGAGAAAAGCGUGUGUGUGUGUGCAAAAGUGGCCUCUUUGGCAGGGAGGUGAAGAAGGGAGUGCAAUAGGCUUCCUCAGGCGUAGGGUAAAGGGCCACCUGCCAGGCAAGGGAAGUCAAGGCUAGAAAAGGGACCGAAGGGCCCCUCCGCUCCCACAGCCUCCUCCGCCCUCCAUGGCUUCUGUUUGAGUGUCAGUGGACAAGAGACAGGCUCUGCUUUCUCCAUGCCCCUUCACCGGCCCCACCUGGAAAUAUGAUCAGCGCCCCAGACGUGGUGGCAUUUACCAAAGAAGAGGAGUACGAAGAGGAGGCGUACAAUGAGCCGGCCUUGCCCGAGGAAUACUCUGUCCCGCUCUUCCCUUUUGCCAGCCAUGGGUCCAACCCCUGGUCCAAGCUCUCGGGCGCCAAGUUCACCCGGGACUUCAUCCUUAUCUCGGAAUUCUCAGAGCAAGUGGGGCCUCAGCCUUUGCUCACCAUCCCAGAUGAUGCCAAAGUUUCCGGCACGUUCGAUCUCAACUAUUUUUCCCUCCGCAUCAUGUCGGUGGACUAUCAGGCCUCCUUUGUGGGGCACCCUCCCGGGUGUCCUUACCCAAAGCUGAACUUUGUGGAGGAUUCCAAAGUAGUGCUGGGAGAUUCCAAGGAAGGGGCUUUCGCUUACGUCCAUCACCUAACUCUCUACGAUCUCGAAGCGAGGGGCUUUGUCAGGCCUUUCUGCAUGGCCUACAUUUCUGCCGACGAACACAAAAUUAUGCAGAUGUUUCAAGAGCUUUCCGUGGAGUUCUCAAAAGCUUCAGAGUGUCUAAAGACAGGCAACCGGAAAGCGUUUGCCAAUGAACUGGAAAAAAAGCUGAAAGACCUGGAUUACACUAGAACUGUUUUGCACAAUGAAACCGAGAUCCAGAAGAAAAACAACGAGAAAGGGUACUACACCACUCAAGCCAUUGAGAAAGCGAACGAACUGGCCAGUGUCGAAAAAUCUAUCAUUGAGCAUCAAGAUCUUUUAAAACAAAUUAGAUCGUAUCCUUAUAGUAAGCUGAAAGAUUCUGACUUUCAUCCUUACGAGCCAGAGUGUGCAAUAGAGCAAGUUGAUGAGAGUGCAGAACAAGGAUUGACUACCUCGAAACCUGAUGAACCUAGUGAAACCCACCUUUAUCCUCCGCAGCCCUCUUACAUCCCAAAGCUCAUCAAGGCAAAAUCUGCCAAGUGCUUUGACAAAAAACUCAAGACCCUUCAGGAACUGUGCGAUAUUUAUUUUUUCACUCAGACUCUAGAUCAGUUGCAUCAAAUUGAGAAAACGUUCAGAGGUGAUGUUUGCUAUCUCUUGAUCAAUCAGAUCAGUAGAGCACUUUUAAAGCAACAAGCUGUGACCAACUUCCUUUUUGAAGAGUUAUUCCUUGUCGAUGAAAGGCAGCCUGAAAGGCAGUUGAAUGGAUACGAGGGAUCUAAUACGGGCAACACCGAUGUGAAAUGUUUGGAAGUCUGUGCUAUUCCUAAAAGGUUAGUCAGCUUGGGAUCUUACAAAUCCAGUGUUGAGUCUGUUCCUAUCAAGAUGGAUCAAGAGAUUGAAGACACCCAAGAGACAGAAGUCACUGACCCUAUUACUUACGACCAUCAGGACAAAACUGAGUAUCUCGAUGCAGAUCUUAAAGGAAGCGUCAGUAGCGGAGAAAGCAUUGAGGUUUUGGGAACAGAGAAGUCUGCCACUGCCUCGACUCAGUCCGAAAGUCAGGCAAGCUUGCCACAAUCCCACCCGAGUCCACAAGUGGUGAGGAGCAAAGCAGCCAGUAGAAGGACCGUGAGUGAGGACAGCAUCGAGGUCCUCAGCACGUGUCCCUCGGAAGCGCUGAUUCCAGACGACUUUAAAGCAAGCUACCCAAGUGCCAUUAAUGAAGAGCCUUAUGUGGAUGAAGAAGAUGAAGGUCUUCACUUCAGCCCCGAUUUAAAUCCAGACAACACUGAGGAGAUAGACAGCAAUCCUGAACCGGAAAACAGACUCCCCGUGGAUUCAGCCUGUUGCAUUGGAAAAGAGAGUCCAAAUUUCCUCGAGCCUCGGACUGACUUGGCCCCAAGACAUGGCGAUGAUGAUGGUGUGGUCAGUAUCCCACCCCAGCCAUACAGGCAGGGGGACCAGGGAUUUCAUGUGAACUUCACGGACUAUUCUUCCCAUGAUGGCGUCUUGGGAGGCCUCCUCACUUAUGAACUCGAUCCACAUUAUCUCUCAAGCAGCAGAGACACGAGUAAAAUGAGCCUGGAUAAAUGUUCAGACUCCACGAGCUACAUAAGCAGCACAGCGUCUACAAGCUCGGACCGGACUCCAUCCCCUGCUCCCUUCAGUGGUCACUCCGGAGAAAGGCACAAGAAAAAGGCAGGGCAGAACGCCUUGCGGUUCAUCCGGCAGUAUCCCUUUGCUCACCCGGCCAUUUAUUCUCUGCUGAGCGGCAGGACACUGAUCGUGCUGGGGGAAGACAAGUCAAUUGUAGAUAAACUCAUAGCUGCACUCUCCAUUUUUGUUCCGAAUUGCGGGGCAUACGCCAAGCCUGUGAAGCACUGGGCCACGUCUCCUUUGCACGUCACGGAUUUUCAGAAGUGGAAGCUGAUUGGAUUGCAGAGGUCGUCUUCUCCAGCGGGCGUCAACAUGAUGCAUUCUCUCAGCCGGUACAGCCGGUACAUCAGCGUUCUGGAUGCUGACAGCAAGACUCUCCGCUGCCCUCAGUACAGAGGGACCCUGAUCCCCCGACUUGCUGACCACCGCACACAAAUCAAGCGGGGAAGUACCUAUUACAUGCACGUCCAGACCGCCCUGACUCAGCUGUGCUCCAAGGCCUUUCUGUACACCUUCUGCCACCACCUGCACCUCCCCAUCAAAGAGGGCGAGACGGAAGAGUCUGUAGCAUCUCGGCGGCUGAACUUCCUGAAAAUGCAGCUGGGGCUUGCAAACGAGGAUAGCAAAGUCGUCCAGUACCUCGCCGAGCUUCUGAAACUGCAGUAUGUUCAGGACCCCAUCCGGGGGGUCAGCCCAGUGCUCAGGUUUGAUUACGUGCCCAGCGCUUUGUACAAAAUUUAGUCGUGUCCAGCCUGCCCUGUUGCGCCCCCUCUCACAUGGCGAUCAUCUGUGCUCACCUGUGGCUUUUUACAGGCCGACACGUUUCCUCAGUCAACAUCUUUGUCCGUGAGCACCCUUCGGACGGACCCUGCGUGGCUAAGCCAACCUCAUUAAAAUGAGGCUUCCAUAAUCUCGGGUGCACCUCUUUGAAAAAGGGAUGCAGUCAAAUUUUAAAUGGUUGUUAAAAAUGCCAGGGGAAAUGGAGUAGUAGCAUCUUUGUGGAGUGGUUGGCUAUGUAGAAGUUGGAAAUCUGCUUGGCACAUGGUUGGCGUGUGUGUGUGUGUGUGUGUGGUGGCACUGAGGACCUGUGUGCAAUUAAGAAACUAAAAUGACCUACAGAAACAUCUUUCAGAAGUAUAGCAAGCCUAACGUUUUUGUGGGGAGAGGGUGGGAUGGAGCAGAAUGUGGAGUUUAUUUUUUUCUUCUUCUGAAAUCUAAGCAGGUAAGAGGAUCGCAAUAAUCAGGAGCUGGCCCGUCCACGGGGUCUCUUUGCAGUGUCCGUGGGAAUCGGAACAGCUCCUGGAAUUGUGGAUCCCUGGGCAACGGAGGCGCAGGGCGUUGAGAGAGAAUCGCACAAGGAACUUCCUGGCUCUUCAGGUCAAAGGUGUGGUGAAGGCCUUCUAGACGCCUGAAAGCACAACGCGGCCUCGGUGGCGUGAACACUGAGCACUAGAAGUCUGCAGCGUCUGGUUUGCCUUUUCUAGGAGGGAAAACCACAGGUCCCCCUAUAGCUUUGCGUUUGCAGCACUGGAGAAUGCAAGGAAAGAUGGCAGCCAGGAUGGGCGUGCUGUCAUUUAGACUGGUGCAGUUUCUCUCCACCCCACCCCCACCCCCCGCCGGCAUACUGGAAGAGGUCUCUAGAAGCGGCUGAUCUCCUUCAACCUUAGCACUCAGGUGUCAUUGGGAAUGAAUGUACUGGAUUAGGCCUCCUGCCCCCAUGCACGCCUAUGCUGCUUUUCAGCGGAUGGGUUUUGUUUGCUAUAUCUCCAGCCUCUGACGUAGACAUCGGCACAGGCAGUUUCCAACUCUGUCUGGCCACGCUGCUUCUGUUUAUUUGAACGCCAAGCCUUUCCACCGAUUCUACUACCUCUACCGUAGCUGUGUGUUUUGAUGGUUGCUGGUCAGGUAGCUUGCUGACGACGGAGGGCUUUUGUGCCAAACUCCCUGUGAGCCACAAGCUCUGCCGGAUGCCAUCGGUUCUGGCCUUCUACGAAUCUCUGGAAUUCCGGUUGAAUCCAGUAGAAUUUGUGCUCUUCUCUUUCUCUCUUUUGCCCAGUAGAGACUUGAGAUCUCCAAUGAGAUCACAUCUCAUCUGCUUCUGCUUCUUGGCUGUGGAUAAGCAUCUUAAUGCUGGUUGUAACUUUUAAGGGUAGAGAAACGCCUUACUGGUUUUAUUUCCCUUUUUUUUUUUUAAAAAAAAGAAAAAGUUAUCUUGUCAGGAGGCUGGUGGUGAUGGGGUGGAGAGACACAAACUUUACACAGUUAACUGGAUAUGUAUGUAUGUAUGUAUGUUAUUUUAAAUCCUCUGUUCAAUGCGAUUAUGCGAGACAGAGUUCUGGAACUGAAUGUAGUUUCUGAUGUAUCGGAGGACGCUUCAAGACUGUGUAUCAGGUGUAGUGUUUUAAGAAUUCUGGUAAACUUGAUGCAAAAGCUGCACUAUUGUAUAUAUUUAUAUGUAAAAAAAAGAAGCAUUCGAUUUCAAAGGGAGACGCCUUGUUGUGCUGCACUUUUGAGUUACUUAAGUAAAGGGUAUUUGUAGAGGCCACCCUCGAAAAGACACCGCGCGACUUAAUAUUAGAGAAAAUGGCAGGGGUUUGAGGGAGUGGCAUGACUAGACCUUCCCCACACCAUGCCCUGAUGCUUCAUUUUAAAAUUGGGGAGGGUGGGAAAGGAAGACUAGCCCUCAUUGUCAGCCACGAUGAAGCAGGAGCUUUCUGGCCAAAGCAGGUGGCGGUACCACCUUUUGGCAUAAUCAGGCCACGUGUCGUUCCGUCAAGCAGGCAGCUAACUUUCAGAGGUUUUUAGAGAUCGGCUCUGCGUUACUUCCUACUUUCCCAGCCCCGCAAAUUGCUUGUAUGUAAUCUUUACCUAAAUGGAGGAAGCCGUCCAGGCCGACCUUACGCUGUUCGCUAGUGAGAGCUUCUGGAGAAAGUGUCUGACCUGGUUCGCAUGUAACAACAGCCCAUCACAGCAAGUGGGAACCCCCCCUCUUCUGCUUCAGUGCACAACCCACGAUCAGCUCCUUUGUAGGUUGUGCAGCAUGAUGUGCGAACCUGAAGCACUGGAUAGUUUAGGGGCUGAACAGCCCAGCGGUUAACCCCAAAACAACCCGUAAGUUAACUGCUGGGUUGUUUAUCCCCUAAACAGCAUUCCGGGCUCACGUGUCUUGCUGCACAAUCUGCAAAGCAGCCGAUUGUGGGUUGUGCUGUAAAAUGGAAGAGGCUGCAACCCCUCUGUGUUUGUACUGGAAAAAAAUAGAAGCCAGGGAGACGGUAACUUGUAGGCGUCUCAUCUUCUCUUCCUCCCUCUGCCAUGUCAGGAUUAUGCAGGAGUAUCAAUAUUCCAAGAUGUAGAGUAGCCUUCCGGAACAUGGUUGAUUUUUCCUUCCUCUGAAAGAUACCUCUCCCCACCAUGAGGGUUGGGAACGUUUGCCCGUAGCGUGGCAUCACAUUGCCAGUUUCCUUCCUUAACAUUGGCCGUGGCUGUGUCCGAGUCAUGGCGGGUUGACAUCCCAUUGCGUGGCAACCUUUGCUGGAAAUGUCAGGUCAUCAGAGGGAGAAGAAGCCAUCGGGAGGUCUUGAGAAGGUCUAGGUCUACUCCAAGAGCCCCCUUCACUUUGAGUUGCAUUAGACACUAGUUCUUCUCCACCAUUUUGCCAUUUCCUUACAUUUCAAUUGCAAGUCUUCAUUUCUAGACAUUUUCUUCUUUGAUAGCGAGAGGGGUUGGUUGUCGUGUGGUCAGCAGUGCCUCAGCAGAGGUAACCUUUUCUUGUUUUCCUAAGGUAAACAAAUCUACUUCAUACAAUAGUAGCCUUCUGUUUAGUUAUUCCACCACCCCCUGCCCCCCCCCCCCCCCGGAAAUCUGUCAUCUGUUUUAUUUGGAGCCAUCAGAAAAUCUUCAUCAAGUCCUCUCGGAACCAAAACUUACCUCUGGCCCUCCAUUCUCAGUUUGUUGUAGCUCAGGUGGCAAUGCCUUCCACCUGAAUAUCUUAAGAAUACCUUCUUCGUAGCCACACCCGAAUAUCUUUAAAAGAAUCUUAAUACCUUUUCAAAGCUUGCACUACUAGCAGAAAUACACAGUGAAGAGAUCUGAUCUAGAUCUACAGCGGUGUUAUCAACUCGGUCUUUCAAACAAGUUUUCAGCUUGCGAUUAGGGCUCUCAUAUUGCUUACCAUCUGUGGGCAUAAAAGGACACGUCAUCGUUGCAGAUAUGCCUGAACAUUUUGUGUGAGGGGAACGGAGCCAUGAAUUGCAAGGCUCUGAAGUCAGUCUUGGCUGUUCGCAGGUCUGUUGUUCAUCUAGUAGCAUCUGCUGCUGAUCUUUAUGAGGAUUCCCCUGUAGGUAGGUGCAAGGUCAGCUAGUGGGUGCAGUCCCAUUGACAAGCCACAAUCCUUAACAAAACAGCAACACUGCAGAGCCUGGUGUCAUCGAAACAUCCUAUCCUGUGAAAAUUAUUAUGGUGGGUGUCCCCUUCUCGCUCCUUUUAAUCCCCUUCCUCGUCCUUGACUCCAUUAGGGACUGGUUGCCAUUUCAUAUCUUCGCACUGCCUCUUCCAUGGAAAAACAACAAUGAAUUAAUGGAUUCGUCCAACAGAAAAACUUUACAAGGCCAACUACGUGGGUGUGGCUGCCCUGCAGCAGCCCGCUUUGAAAGAUGGUGCAUUGAUUUGUGGAAGAAGACAAGAUAGUUUUGUGUUUUCAUCCUGCUGGCUGUGAAAGGCCAGAGCAAACAUGAUCACUGCUGGCCACAGCUAAGAGUUUGCGAGCACUCUGCAAGUUCUCGUGCCCCCCCUCCCAUCCCUCAUCAGCUUUAACCGUAGUGUAAUGCUACAUCCACACGGAAGGUCACGCUGAUGGUGCAAACCCUGGUUUAAAAGCUAACCAUGGUGAGCCGUGAAUUCGGGGCAGACUCCCUACACCAGAGUGAACACUGGUCUCAGAAGGGAAUUGAGAUUGGACUUGAGUGGCAGUAGGAAGGAGCCCGCAAGGAGCUCCCAAUCUUGCAUCAUAGUAAAAGAUGAGCAGUUUUAAUGCGUGUGGUGGGCUAAAGGCAGAGGCAGAACCCUUACCCAGUAAGGGCUGCUUAUGGACUAGAGCUUCAUUUAGGCAUUCCAUCACUGAGUAGUCAACCUAGUUUGCAGUUAUAAUGCAGCAUAUAUAUAUAUAUGGAACGGGAUAUGUAGGUGAGACGAACAUGCCACAACAGGAAAUACAACUCCAGCAUAAUCAGCCCCUCAAGGUAGGUGAAACGGUGCUUGCUUGCUUUCACAGGCAAAGAGGGCUGCAUAAGUUGAGCCGCUGCCACUUCCUUAACGUGAGGAAUUGCAGCCUUCCUCGGUGGUGUGGAGGACCCAUAAUCCUGCCUCUUGUUCUCUUCAUCCACCAUCUACUACUCAGUCUCUCCCUCUCUGUCCCAAACUGGAUUGGACCGGCAGAUCUCUUGAACUUUCCCCGCCCCAAACGGCUUCUCUCAUUACUGCAUGUUAAGUUUCUCGUCCGUACCUGUAUGUACACAACACUUUUGCGUAGGCAAUAGUUAGAGGAGAAAAAAAACCUAAAUAGGGGAGUGUCGUCGUUGAAGAACUCUGAGCAGCAUGCCUUCCCGUGUGUUAGUGCUGUUAAGGUGUGUACUGCACAAGAGCUUGACAAACAAUAUUAAAACACCCAGUGACUACAAUGAAAAA